AUGGGGAAUACUUGUUCAAUACCAGGAUUCUCAGAUUUGAGACAUCUUGGAGAGGGAGGAUUUGGCGUGGUCUAUCUUGGGACAGAUGACACCUCUGGAGAGAAACAUGCUAUAAAGGUUCUACGUCUGGCUAAAUCUGCACAGAAGGAAAUAGAAGUGAUGGGUAGACUUUCCAAACACCCUCAUAUCAUUGAACACAAACGGAGCAUAGUACUUGAAGACAAAACAUGCCUGGUCAUGGAGUACUGCAGUGGCGGGAAUCUAAACGACUACCGCUUGAAUAAUUGCAGAGAGCCGGGUCGUGAUCUUCGCUUCAUGAGGGAAAUCGCCUCUGCGGUCGCUUUUCUGCAUCGCACUGGCAUAAUCCAUUACGAUUUAAAACCAGAUAACAUUUUACUCACUUCCACUGGAAACUUGAAAGUUGCAGAUUUGGGCAUUUCCAAACUUGCCUCCGAAUCGAAACAAGGUGGUAGUCUGUACGACUACUACACAAACGGUAAUUGUGGCCACAUAUAUUUCUGUGCACCUGAGUUAUUUAGGGGAAGAUCUACCGAGAGAGCAGAUAUUUUUCAGAUGGGUGUUAUCUUUGCAUGCCUUCUGCAAAAACGAAAGGCGGUGCGAAACGGUCAAUCUCUAUUAGUGGGGGUUUUCGUGAAUCGUAUGGGAGUCGGUCAAGCCUUGCACAAAGGUUUCUUGCAGCGUUACGAGCUGGAUGAAAGACUAACCAUCAGCCAAGACUUGCGCACCUUGGUAGAACAGAUGCUACACAAGGAUCACCAUGCUCGCCCAUCUGCAGAUACAGUUGACAAAAGACUCGAAGACAUAACAGAAUGGCCAAGUCCAUACAGCCAGCAACAACCUGUUGACAGCAGAUUGGAAAUCGUCAACGACAGUCAUCUUGGAGAAGGACCAAAGUACACAUCAGUAUUGCUUGCAAUAGGGGCAGAACUUCUGGCUCUAUACCUCAAGGCAAGAUGA